AUGGAAAGCCACAGCUCUCUGAAGUCACUAAUCACCCCCGAGCUGCUGAUGCAGCUCGCGGAAGCCUACCUUCCUUAUUCCAAAACUGAAGAUCUUGACUUCACUAUUGCCCAGUCAGACGCCUUCAGCGCAAACUUCAAGAAAGUAUGCCAAGAAAGCAAGGCUCGAGAUGCACUUAUAGCACUCAGUCACCUCGGCCACAACGGAAUACUCCCAACUCCUAUGGAACUCGACCUCAUGUCCUUCCUCCCAGAACCAUCUUCCCCAGAUUUCCCGCAACAAUGCUUCGGACUUCAGUUACUUCUCGACCAAGCAUCGAGAAUCCUCCUAACUGGAAUUGAAGCUCGUUGGCAAGUUGCAUAUUUUGGACCUCUGGCAAGACGUCUUACUGGACAGUGGUACGCACUACCUCACCAUCUACGUCCGCAUUCAUGGCAGAGAUGGAAAGACGAUGUCGGCGUCACUAGCUUCAGCUUCUGGGUCUCGACGCAAGUCAUGUGGGCAGCUCCUUUUCUUCACGCCGAGGAUCUAGGGAGUCAAGAGAUUGGAUUGGAGUUAUCAAACGACUUACGUCAAGCUGUUGAAGAAUACACGGGAACAAAGGAUCCGCAUCGGGAGACAAGGCAUAAGACACUAAAAGAUGAUCUGCUUUUCAUAAGAGAAGUUGUCAAGAGCCCGCCAAAAGACGAUGAGGGUGCUAUAAGUAUGGCAGCUUGGACGUACUGGUGGUGCAUGAUCCUGGAUGCUCACUGGCCUAUCAUUGCGCGAUUUGGUCGCUAUCCUUACCGGAAUGCUGCCUUUGGUAGGCCUAGUACAAAGCAGGAAGAGAAAUGGUUGGAUGACAUUAAUCACUUUUCUGAAGCUUCGCCAGAAGAUGCUAAGCGUAUUCAAGAUGAUGUAGAGAAGGGUCAGUGGACUCCACUUGGGCAGAGUUAA